CGGCAUGUCGUCUACGCCGUCCGUUCCCGCGACACCCGUUCCGUCUGGGCCUUACGGGAACCAGUCGCCCAGCCUUGCCUCGGCUGGCAACAUUCUUGGCAUGGGCCAACCCUCCUAUAAUGGAAUGGCACCACAGUCUGUUCCUCCCCAAGCGUAUCAGGCCUACAUGUAUCAAAUGUACCAACAGAACCUCACUCCCAAUAUGGGCGCUUUCCACGCCUAAACGACAACUCAGCGUCCGUGAUGCAUGACCUAUAUAUCUAGCACGUCGCUCUCUUGCAUUCUAUCCCGCCCCGCGAAUUUCUUGUCCUCUACGAUUUCUCCCUCGAGUUCUGUCCCCCUUCGUUGGGUUUAUGGUUGCUUGCAUUGAUUGCUCCACACUUUUUGAUACCCCUGUUUUCCCCCCACGCAAAGUCUCUCUCCCAUACGCCCUACUGCACUCUUUCGAGGACAAAAUCGCGGAUGAGGAUCUUGCGCUGUCGUUGAAUAGCCCGAUGCUGGAAUGGCCGUCGUUUUUCAUUUCUUUUUUCACUUCACAAUUUGCUGCUUGUUUCUUCUUCUCAGCCAGUUUUGAUUCUAGCUUUCUUCCUUCGUCUCUCUAUCUCUGUAUACAUAAGCAAGGCUGUAAAAAGUGGCCAACAAAUAUUAUAGAUGGAUUCACGCGACC